CCUCUUGUUUCUCUUCCACACCUUUCGAGAGCUUCGGAACCUGUGGAUGUCUCAGCAAUCAGCCGCGCCCAAGCCCACGCUACAGGGGGUCCGUAUCAGAGCCAGAAAGGGCGCAGUCAAGGCCCACGCCAAACACGAACCCAAUAUCUUCCGCGACCAGGUCUUCAAACACCUUGAAAACGUCCCCCCGAGCGACUUCGAAGCUGUCACCAACAAACUAGUGCAGGCCGGUGGAACCCUCGAGUACCUCAAGUAUGCAGACGCGCUCUUCGAGCUUCUCUUCGUCGGUGGCCUGCUCCAACCCGGUGGCCAGUACGUCGAGGACGGUGCCCCGCUCUCGCCCUUCUCUGUGCUCAACGCGAAGGAGCCCGUGGAGGUGGCAGACGUGAAGCAGUAUGUCGAGGUGAUGAACAAGCUUAUCCGGAGGUACAAGUAUCUCCAGAGACCGCUUGAACAAUCCGUGUUGCCCAACCUCUUCCAGUACAUGAACCGCUGGCCAGAGCCGCAGAGGGAAAAGAUCGUGGUCGCCUCCGGACUGCUCAUGGCCCAGGGCAUCGCGAGCGCCAGCGCCCUGCAGAGCCUGACGAAGGAUCAUCUCAUCAAGAACGAUCUCUCGGCCAACGUGAUCACCCUCGUCUUCCGGGCGUACCUCACCUCGCAGCCGAUGGAGCACCUCGCUGCGGCGCUCAAGCGUGGCGGCAUCAAGGACCUCCCUGCGUUCUUCCCGGACAACAAGCGCGACGACAAGACGAUCGACGAGCACUUCCGCAAGGCGGGCCUCCCGCAGGUCGCGGAGUGGUGGACGAAGCGCCAGUACGCGUCGCUGAAGGAGACCGUCAUCACGCAGCUCAAGGAGAUGCUCGAAAACGGCGACUCGCACGCGGAUAUCGUCACCGCGAUCCGGACGCGCCAGGAGGAGCAGCCCCUCCCGGAGACCGAGCUGGUCUCGUGCAUCUGGCAGGGCCUCAUCUCGUCCAUCGAGUGGAGCGCCCGCCAGGACCAGAACGAGGCGCUUGCGCUUCGCGAGAUCACGAACUUUGCCGACAUCAUAGAGCCAUUCUGUAAUGGGCCGAAGACCGAGGUCGCCCUCAUCAACACCGUCCAAGUGUAUUCCUACGAAGACACGCGUAUCAUUAAAGCGUUCCCCCAGAUUCUCAAGGUUCUGUACAACAAGGACUGUAUCUCUGACCAAGCUAUUAUCUAUUGGCACCAGAAGGGCUCCAAGCCGCAGGGCAGGCAGCACUUCCUGCAGUCCGCUGCGCCUCUCGUCAAGUUCUUGCAGGAGCAAGAGAGCGAUGACGAAGAGGAGGAGUAGAAGACAACCACGGCGCGCCGUGCAUAUGUAUACUGUUUGCGUUCGGCUGCAUGUAUCUGGUUUCCCAGAACGACGAAUGUGGCGAUGCGUUGAGCCAAG